AUGUCGUCCGCUCCUUCAGCGAAACGCGACAUUCCUUUGUUCAGUCGAUCUGAGAUCGCUUCACGUAUAUGUUCUGGCCAACAACUGAUCAUCCUUCAUUCACGCGUCAUCAACGUGACUUCAUGGUCACCUUUUCACCCCGGAGGGUCAUUAGCAUUACUUCAUUUCGUUGGACGAGAUGGAUCAGAUGAGAUCGAAGCUUAUCAUAGCGAAGAGACACUUAAACGAAUGGAAAAAUUCGUUGUAGGGAAAAUCGAAUUGGAUAAAAAAGGUUGGUUACCUCUGACACCACCGAUAGCAUUAGGUUUGAUCAAACAUCCAGAUGGAAUAAAAGGUCAUUGGGCGAAAGAGGGUCAGGUAACAUUGGCAGAAUCAAUCUUACAGAAAACAAUCUCGUUAAAUCCCGAAAAAGCUCCUAUACCUUCAAUACCGACUGGAAAUGGAAUAAAGAACUUGGAUGUGCACACUUUAUCUCCUGAAGAACUGGAACCUCCUUUAUCAGAUAUGAACAGAGAGAUUGAGUAUAAAAGAUCAUUGGCAUAUCAAGAACUUCGUAAAAGAGUAGUAGAUGCUGGUUUAUUCAAACCGCCAGGUCCUUUAGCAGGUUAUGGAAGCGAUUUGGCUAGGUAUACCAUACUUGCCUUGGCGGCUUUCGGUUUAUUCUUCUAUACGCAAGGAUGGGUAGGCCAAAUGAUGUCAGCUACUCUGUUAGGGUUGCUGUUCCAACAAUUGACUUUCAUCGUUCAUGAUGCUGGACAUACUGGAGUGACUGGAAAUUAUUGGUGGGAUAGAGUGAUAGGUAUGACAAUUGCUAGUUGGAUCGGAGGUUUGAGCGUUAGUUGGUGGUGUGAUAAUCACAAUAUUCAUCAUCUUGUAACGAAUCAUCCUGAACAUGAUCCUGACAUUCAACAUAUCCCAUUUUUCGCUAUAUCGAAAGACUUCUUCGGUUCUUUAUGGUCUACAUAUCAUAAGAAAGUAAUGUCCUUCGAUGGAUUCUCGAGAAUCUUGAUAAGCGUCCAACAUAAAUUGUACUAUAUCGUACUCUCUUUAGCUCGAUUCAACCUUUACGCCCAAUCGUAUAUAUAUCUCUUUGGAGCUAAACCGAAACGCAACAACUUCUGGAGAUACGAACUUGCCGGUAUUGCCUUUUAUUGGUUCUACUAUUUAUCUAUGUUGAAGAGUUUACCCAGUUGGAAAAUGAGACUGGGUUAUUUAUUAAUAAGUCAUAUAGCAGCAAGUCCUGUGCAUGUUCAAAUCGUCUUGUCCCACUUUGCAUGUUCAACAGAAGAUCUCGGUCCAACCGAAUCGUUCCCUUCUCGUCAAUUACGAACCACGAUGGACGUAAUCUGUUCACCUGAUAUCGAAUUUAUACAUGGCGGAUUACAUCUUCAAGUAACUCAUCAUCUCUUUCCUAGAUUACCUAGACAUAACUUACGUCAAGCUAGUUUGCUGGUCAAACAGUAUUGCGAAGAACAGAAAAUGGAAUACAAAGAAUAUGGUUGGUUGGAUGGUAAUAAACAAGUCUUGUCUACUUUGAGAGAAGUAGCGAAUCAACUUGAGUUACUCAAGAAAGUGGCUGAUGGCGAGAUCCAGGAGAAAAUGAUGGGAUAG